GCAACGUUCUAUUCCCCUCCCCCUCCCGCUCCGUAAGGGCUGCAACGUUCCACCCGCCGCCCGCCGACGUUCCAAAGCAGGCCGCGCGGACCUUCCCUCGGCAGAAGCCCGGCUCCUUCUUCUUCUUCGUCCUCCUCCUCCUCCUCCUCCGGUUCCCACGCUUUCCACCACCGCCCCCCCCCCUCACGUGUCCCGGGCUCCCAGCUGGGGAAAAGGCAAGGAGGGAGGGAGGGAGAGACCCGCUCUCGCUGCUCGCUCGCUCGCUCGCUCUUUCCUUCUCACAUGACCCGAGUGUUUGUCCCCGUGAUCAGCGCCUCGGCUCCCGUGUCUCCUCCGCGUCCCCUCUACCUCCAUCCGGCGUGAGAUUUAAAAACUCGUCCCCUCCUUCUCCUGCUGCCUCCCUCCCCACCCCGCCUGCGUCCCCUUUGGGGGGCCAGCGGGGCGCCCCCCCUUCCCUCCCUCCCCUCCCCCUCCCCUCCCCUCUCUCCCACCCCCCUCCCAUGGACAUGCUGGAACCCGGUCUGGAUACAGCCACCGCCUCCGCUGCUUCCAGCCACGAGAAAGAUCAAGAAAGUGAAGAUGGAGUUGAGCUACGAGAAGGGGACGGCACAAAUGCAGACGAACAGACAGCAGUGGCCAUUGCCAGCGUCCAGCAAGCAGCCUUUGCAGACCAUAAUAUCCAGUAUCAGUUUCGAACAGAGAACAAUGGAGGACAGGUGACAUACAGAGUAGUUCAGGUGACGGACAGUCAGCUGGAUGGACAAACGGAUGCAACGGGGGCCGUUAGCGUGGUCUCGACCGCAGCUUUCACCAGUGGCCAGCAAGCUGUUGCUCAGGCUGUGAUUCAGAACCCUUUCAGCAACGGUGGAAGUCCAGCCACAGAUGCCGUCAGUGGUGAAGCCCGUUUUGCAUACUUCCCUGCUUCCACGGUGGGGGAUGCCACAGCAGUUUCCGUACAGACAACUGAUCAGUCGCUGACACAAGCUGGAGGUCAGUUCUACGUGAUGAUGACCCCCCAAGACGUCUUGCAGACCGGAACACAACGUACCAUAGCUCCCCGCACACACCCCUAUUCCCCGAAAAUGGACGGGACGCGGACACCCCGAGAUGAGAGGCGAAGAGCUCAGCACAAUGAAGUUGAACGGAGGAGGCGGGACAAGAUCAACAAUUGGAUCGUACAACUGUCAAAAAUCAUUCCAGACUGCAAUACAGACAACACCAAGACAGGGGCGAGCAAAGGGGGCAUCCUGUCCAAAGCCUGUGACUACAUCCGGGAGCUACGCCAGACGAACCAGCGUAUGCAGGAGACGUUCAAGGAAGCCGAGAGGCUUCAGAUGGACAAUGACCUGCUACGGCAACAGAUUGAGCAGAUGAAGAAUGAAAACGCCCUUUUGAGAGCACAGCUUCAACAACACGGAAUCGAAAUGGUGGGCGACACCCCAGGGCAGUAGCCCCUUUCCUUCGCCUCUGCCUACUACAUGCCGAAUCUCAGCCUCCCAAUUCUUCUGGGGUGUUUUUUUUUUUGUUUGUUUGUUUUAAACCGAAUCCUCCCGACAACAAUGACAUAGCGAAACCCAUCGCCUGUGGGUGGAUGAACCUGCGUUUGAGGACAGGGGAAUGUGGGGAGGGGUAGGAGGGGGGAGGGAGUGGACAGAGGAGAUGGGGGGGGGGGCGGUCUUUUCUACCCCAAACCUUGCUACUGCUCUAAAAGAUGGUAUCUGGCUUUCUUCCCACCAGGUGCAUCCUUGUCCCGUCCUUCCCUUCCUUCCUUCCUUCUUUCCUUCCUUCCUUCCUUUCCUUUCCUUUCCUUUCCUUUCCUUUCCUUUCCUUUCCUUUCCUUUCCUUCCUUCCUUCCUUUCCUCCCUCCCUCUUUCCUUCCUCCCUCCCUUCCUUCUUUUUCUCUCUCUCACCCUUUCUCUCUCCCUCUCUCUCUCUCUCUCUUUCCCCGGGAAGUAUUAAGAUUCAACCGACAAAAUCCUGCAUUUUUAUUUUUUUUUUUACAAUAAGGUUUUUAACACAGGUUCACUGAUUUCCGUCACCCUUUUCCUGGGUGGGAACUCGGGGUGGUAUUGCUGGGGGGGGGGGUUGUGGGGAAGCACACACCCUUCCUUGAGCUUGUCUGUUUUAAAAGGAAAAAAAACAAAACCUGCUAAAUUUCCCACCCCCGCCCCGCUUUCCUUUCCUUGUCUCCUCUGCAUGUUUCGCAUCUUGCUUCCAAGAGGGUGGGCCUGUUCCGUUGGGGCGCACGACCACGGCCCGAGAGCCUCGGUGUCACAGGUAUGUCUGGUGAAAGGGGAAGACAAUACAAACACAGCGGGGUCAGCUUGACACACACACACACACACACACACACACGUUGCACGAAUCAGCCAGUUAAUUUCAACACAGCCUGCAGACAGGCAAUGCACCGUUUCACGACGAGGUUGGAAACAUCCUUAUGCAAGGAAAGAAGAAGGGGGGGGGAAAAAAACUUUUGCAUUUUGCGGGCAACCUGUGAGGUGUUUUUAAAUCCCGGACAGAAUUCUUAUCUCCUUUUCUGGGGACUUGCAAAUCAAACCAACAGGAUUUUUAGCUGCGUUUUGUCCAACGAGAGGACGAUCCAGAUGCCGAAUUUCUGCCUUUUUUUUUGUUUCUUUUCUUUUUUGCUCUGUCCUCGUAACUCGAGUCACUCAUUUCCUCAAAUUAUUGUCUCACGUUCUUUUCUUUCUCGUUGUUUUAAGGCUCUGGGCAGAACCCACUCUAAAAGUUUGCCUUCCCUUCCCAUCUUUUGUCACUCUCUUUUUCUCUUUCCCCCCUCUCUCUUUCUUGUAAGUAAUCUUUAUUUUAUUAGUUUAAAAGCGCGUUUGUAUAGAGGUACGGUGUUUGUAUGAUAGCUGAUAACCCAGGUCGUUAGGAAAGGCAAUAGUGGUGGAUCGAAUGACAACAGGGUUGUUGUUUUUUUCCGUGUGUGUUUUUUGAUAUUAUAUAAUUUUUUAAUUAAACUUCAGCAGUGUUUUAGGAUUUCAGGUUU